AUGCUCAGGGGACAGACAUACCAAAGGGAAAAGUGGUUUUUAUUGUUCUUUGGAAAGGCUGGGAAAAGACAGUUGGUGAGCUGGGAUCUGGAUACCUCUUGGGUGGACUUUGUCCAGUUCUACAUCCAGAUAGGCGGAGAGAGUGGUGCGUGCAACAAACCCGACAGCCGAGAGGAGGGCGUCCUCCUCCAGUACAGCAACAACGGGGGCAUCCAGUGGCACCUGCUGGCAGAGAUGUACUUCUCAGAUUUCAGCAAGCCAAGAUUUGUGUAUCUGGAGCUUCCAGCCGCUGCUAAGACCCCUUGCACCAGGUUCCGCUGGUGGCAGCCCAUGUUCUCUGGGGAGGACUAUGACCAGUGGGCAGUAGAUGACAUCAUCAUUCUGUCAGAGAAGCAGAAGCAGGUUAUUCCAGUUGUGAACCCAACUUUACCCCAGAACUUUUAUGAGAAGCCAGCGUUUGAUUACCCUAUGAAUCAAAUGAGUGUGUGGUUGAUGUUGGCUAAUGAAGGAAUGGUUAAAAAUGAAACCUUUUGUGCCACCACGCCUUCAGCCAUGGUGUUUGGAAAAUCAGAUGGAGAUCGAUUUGCAGUAACUCGAGAUUUGACCCUUAAACCUGGAUAUGUGCUACAGUUCAAGCUAAACAUAGGAUGUGCCAAUCAGUUCAGCAAUACUGCCCCAGUUCUUCUUCAGUACUCUCAUGAUGCUGGAAUGUCCUGGUUUCUGGUGAAAGAAGGCUGUUUCCCAGCUUCUACAGGCAAAGGAUGYGAAGGGAGCUCCAGGGAACUGAGUGAGCCCACCAUGUAUCAUACAGGGGACUUUGAAGAGUGGACAAGAAUCACCAUUGUUAUUCCAAGGACUCUUGCAGCCAGCAAAACCCGAUUUYGGUGGAUCCAGGAGAGCAGCUCACAGAAGAACGUGCCUCCAUUUGGCUUAGAUGGAGUGUACAUAUCUGAGCCUUGUCCCAGUUACUGCAGUGGCCAUGGGGACUGCAUCUCAGGCGUGUGUUUCUGUGACCUGGGGUACACUGCUGCACAAGGAACCUGUGUGUCAAAUAUCCCUAAUUACAGCGAGAUGUUUGAUAGGUUUGAGGGGAAGCUCAGCCCUCUGUGGUACAAGAUAACUGGUGGCCAGGUUGGAACUGGCUGCGGAACCCUUAAUGAUGGCAAGUCUCUUUAUUUUAAUGGCCCUGGGAAAAGGGAGGCAAGAACUGUCCCUCUGGACACCAGAAAUAUCAGGCUUGUUCAGUUUUAUAUACAAAUUGGAAGYAAAACUUCAGGUAUUACCUGCAUCAAACCAAGGGCUAGAAAUGAAGGGCUUGUUGUUCAGUAUUCAAAUGACAAUGGGAUACUCUGGCAUUUGCUUCGAGAGUUGGACUUCAUGUCAUUUCUGGAACCACAGAUCAUUUCCAUUGACCUGCCACGGGAGGCAAAGACACCUGCAACAGCUUUUCGAUGGUGGCAACCACAACAUGGGAAGCAUUCAGCCCAGUGGGCUUUGGAUGAUGUCCUUAUAGGAAUGAAUGACAGCUCUCAAACUGGAUUUCAAGACAAAUUUGAUGGCUCUAUAGAUUUGCAAGCCAACUGGUAUCGAAUCCAAGGAGGUCAAGUUGAUAUUGACUGUCUCUCUAUGGAUACUGCUCUGAUAUUCACUGAAAACAUAGGAAAACCUCGUUAUGCUGAGACCUGGGAUUUUCAUGUGUCAGCAUCUACCUUCUUGCAGUUUGAAAUGAGCAUGGGCUGCAGCAAGCCCUUCAGUGCCUCCCACAGUGUACAGCUCCAGUAUUCUCUGAACAAUGGCAGGGACUGGCAUCUUGUCACUGAAGAGUGUGUUCCUCCAACCAUUGGCUGUCUGCACUACACAGAAAGUUCAAUUUACACCUCGGAAAGAUUCCAGAAUUGGAAGCGGAUCACUGUCUACCUUCCACUCUCCACCAAUUCUCCCAGGACCCGGUUCAGAUGGAUUCAGGCCAACUACACCGUGGGUGCUGAUUCCUGGGCCAUUGAUAAUGUUGUACUGGCCUCAGGGUGCCCUUGGAUGUGCUCUGGAAGAGGGAUCUGUGAUGCUGGACGCUGUGUGUGUGACCGGGGCUUUGGUGGAACCUACUGUGUUCCUGUUGUUCCUCUCCCCUCAAUUCUGAAGGAUGAUUUCAAUGGGAAUUUGCAUCCUGAUCUGUGGCCUGAAGUGUAUGGUGCAGAGAGGGGAAAUCUGAAUGGUGAAACCAUCAAAUCUGGGACAUCUCUCAUCUUUAAAGGGGAAGGACUGAGGAUGCUUAUUUCAAGAGAUCUAGAUUGCACCAAUACUGUGUAUGUCCAGUUUUCACUUAGAUUUAUAGCAAAAGGUACCCCAGAGAGGUCUCACUCUGUUUUGCUACAAUUUUCUAUCAAUGGAGGAAUAACUUGGCACCUGAUGGAUGAAUUUUACUUCCCUCAAACGACCAAUAUACUUUUCAUUAAUGUUCCCUUGCCAUACGGUGCCCAAACCAAUGCUACAAGAUUCAGACUUUGGCAACCUUAUAAUAAUGGUAAGAAAGAAGAGAUCUGGAUUGUUGAUGACUUUAUUAUUGAUGGAAAUAAUCUGAACAACCCUGUGAUGCUUCUGGAUACAUUUGACUUUGGGCCCAGAGAAGACAACUGGUUUUUCUAUCCUGGCGGUAACAUUGGUCUUUAUUGCCCCUAUUCUUCAAAGGGAGCACCUGAGGAAGAUUCAGCGAUGGUGUUCGUUUCCAAUGAAGUCGGUGAACACUCAAUUACCACCCGUGACCUCAAUGUGAAUGAGAACACCAUAAUACAAUUUGAGAUCAAUGUUGGAUGCUCCACUGAUAGCUCAUCUACUGAUCCAGUCAGACUGGAAUUUUCAAGGGACUUUGGGGCCACUUGGCACCUGCUGCUUCCUCUCUGCUACCACAGCAGCAGCCACGUCAGCUCCUUAUGCUCCACUGAGCACCACCCUAGCAGCACCUACUACGCGGGGACCACCCAGGGCUGGAGGAGGGAGGUCGUGCACUUCGGGAAGCUGCACCUUUGCGGAUCUGUACGCUUCAGAUGGUAUCAGGGAUUUUACCCUGCAGGCUCUCAGCCAGUGACAUGGGCCAUUGAUAAUGUCUACAUUGGUCCCCAAUGUGAAGAGAUGUGUAAUGGACAUGGGAGCUGUGUCAAUGGAACCAAGUGUAUAUGUGAUCCUGGCUACUCAGGUCCAACCUGCAAAAUAAGCACCAAAAAUCCUGAUUUUCUUAAGGAUGAUUUUGAAGGUCAACUGGAAUCUGAUAGAUUCUUAUUAAUGAGUGGUGGAAAGCCAUCCCGGAAGUGUGGAAUCCUUUCCAGUGGAAACAACCUCUUCUUCAAUGAGGAUGGCUUGCGCAUGUUGAUGACUCGGGACCUGGAUUUAUCUCACGCUAGAUUUGUGCAGUUCUUCAUGAGACUGGGAUGUGGUAAAGGUGUUCCAGACCCUAGGAGCCAACCUGUGCUUCUACAGUAUUCUCUCAAUGGUGGCCUCACCUGGAGUCUCCUUCAAGAGUUUCUUUUCAGCAACUCCAGCAACGUGGGCAGGUACAUUGCCCUGGAGAUACCUUUGAAAGCCCGUUCUGGCUCUACUCGCCUCCGCUGGUGGCAGCCAUCUGAAAAUGGGCACUUCUACAGCCCCUGGGUUAUCGAUCAGAUUCUUAUUGGAGGAAAUAUUUCUGGUAAUACAGUCUUGGAGGAUGAUUUCACAACUCUGGAUAGUAGAAAAUGGCUGCUCCACCCAGGGGGCACCAAGAUGCCCGUGUGUGGCUCUACAGGUGAUGCCCUGGUCUUCAUUGAAAAGGCCAGCACCCGUUAUGUGGUCACCACAGACAUUGCUGUGAAUGAGGAUUCAUUCCUACAGAUAGAUUUUGCUGCCUCCUGCUCAGUCACAGACUCUUGCUAUGCUAUUGAACUGGAGUACUCAGUGGAUCUUGGAUUGUCAUGGCACCCACUGGUGAGGGACUGUCUGCCUACCAAUGUUGAAUGCAAUCGCUAUCAUCUGCAGAGGAUCCUGGUGUCAGAUACUUUCAACAAGUGGACCAGAAUCACUCUGCCUCUCCCGCCUUACACUAGGUCCCAAGCCACUCGUUUCCGUUGGCAUCAACCAGCUCCUUUUGACAAGCAACAGACAUGGGCAAUAGAUAAUGUCUAUAUCGGGGAUGGCUGCAUAGACAUGUGUAGUGGCCAUGGGAGGUGCAUCCAGGGAGGCUGUGUCUGUGAUGAGCAGUGGGGUGGCCUAUACUGUGAUGAGCCUGAGACCUCCCUUCCAACCCAACUCAAAGACAACUUCAAUCGAGCUCCCUCCAACCAGAACUGGCUGACUGUGAACGGAGGAAAAUUGAGUACCGUCUGUGGGGCUGUGGCUUCGGGCCUGGCUCUCCAUUUCAGCGGGGGUUGUAGUCGUUUGCUAGUCACCGUGGAUCUAAACCUCACCAAUGCGGAGUUUAUCCAAUUUUACUUCAUGUAUGGAUGUCUGAUUACACCAAACAACCGUAACCAAGGUGUUCUCUUGGAAUAUUCUAUCAAUGGAGGCAUUACCUGGAAUCUGCUAAUGGAAAUUUUCUAUGACCAGUACAGUAAACCUGGGUUUGUGAAUAUCCUUCUCCCUCCUGAUGCUAAAGAGAUUGCUACUCGCUUUCGCUGGUGGCAGCCACGACACGAUGGCCUGGACCAGAAUGACUGGGCUAUUGACAAUGUCCUCAUCUCAGGCUCUGCUGACCAGAGGACUGUCAUGCUGGACACCUUCAGCAGUGCUCCAGUACCCCAGCAUGAGCGCUCCCCGGCAGACGCAGGCCCUGUUGGGAGAAUUGCUUUCGACAUGUUUAUGGAGGACAAAACUUCAGUGAAUGAACAUUGGCUAUUCCAUGAUGAUUGCACAGUAGAAAGGUUCUGUGACUCUCCUGAUGGUGUCAUGAUCUGUGGCAGUCAUGAUGGACGAGAAGUAUAUGCAGUGACCCAUGACCUGACUCCCACUGAAGGCUGGAUUAUGCAAUUCAAGAUCUCUGUUGGAUGCAAAGUAUCUGAAAAAAUUGCCCAGAAUCAAAUUCAUGUGCAAUAUUCUACUGACUUUGGUGUGAGCUGGAAUUAUCUAGUCCCUCAGUGCUUACCUGCUGACCCAAAAUGCUCUGGAAGUGUGUCUCAGCCAUCUGUAUUCUUUCCAACUAAAGGGUGGAAAAGGAUCACCUACCCACUUCCUGAAAGCCUCGUGGGAAAUCCAGUAAGGUUUAGGUUCUAUCAGAAGUACUCAGAUAUGCAGUGGGCAAUAGAUAAUUUCUACCUGGGCCCUGGAUGCUUGGACAACUGCCGGGGUCAUGGAGAUUGCUUAAAGGAGCAGUGCAUCUGUGAUCCGGGAUACUCUGGGCCAAACUGCUACUUGACUCACACUCUGAAGACUUUCCUGAAGGAGCGCUUUGACAGUGAAGAAAUCAAGCCUGACUUAUGGAUGUCUUUAGAAGGUGGAAGUACUUGUACUGAGUGUGGAAUUCUUGCUGAAGACACUGCACUCUAUUUUGGGGGAUCCACUGUGAGACAAGCUAUUACUCAAGAUUUGGAUCUCAGAGGUGCAAAAUUCCUGCAAUACUGGGGACGCAUCGGUAGUGAGAACAACAUGACCUCCUGCCAUCGGCCCAUCUGCCGGAAGGAAGGCGUGCUGUUGGACUACUCUACUGAUGGAGGAAUUACUUGGACUUUGCUCCAUGAAAUGGAUUUCCAGAAAUAUAUUUCUGUUAGACAUGACUACAUACUUCUUCCCGAAGAGGCGCUCACCAACACCACUAGACUUCGCUGGUGGCAGCCUUUUGUGAUCAGCAAUGGAAUUGUGGUCUCUGGAGUGGAGCGUGCUCAGUGGGCGCUAGACAACAUUUUGAUUGGUGGGGCAGAAAUCAAUCCCAGUCAAUUGGUGGACACUUUUGAUGAUGAAGGCACUUCCCAUGAAGAAAACUGGAGUUUUUACCCUAAUGCAGUAAGGACAGCAGGAUUCUGUGGCAAUCCAUCCUUCCACCUCUACUGGCCAAAUAAAAAGAAGGACAAGACUCACAAUGCUCUCUCCUCCCGGGAACUCAUUAUACAACCAGGAUACAUGAUGCAGUUUAAAAUUGUAGUGGGUUGUGAAGCCACUUCCUGUGGUGACCUUCAUUCUGUGAUGUUGGAAUACACAAAGGAUGCAAGGUCUGAUUCCUGGCAGCUCGUUCAGACCCAAUGCCUUCCUUCCUCUUCAAAUAGCAUUGGCUGUUCCCCUUUCCAGUUCCAUGAAGCCACCAUCUACAAUGCCGUCAACAGCUCCAGCUGGAAGAGGAUCACCAUCCAGCUGCCCGACCAUGUCUCCUCCAGUGCGACACAGUUCCGCUGGAUCCAGAAAGGGGAAGAAAUGGAGAAGCAAAGCUGGGCCAUUGACCAUGUGUACAUUGGAGAGGCUUGCCCCAAGCUCUGCAGUGGACACGGAUACUGUACCACUGGCGCCAUCUGCAUCUGUGAUGAGAGUUUCCAAGGUGAUGAUUGCUCUGUUUUCAGUCACGAUCUUCCUAGUUACAUUAAAGAUAAUUUUGAAUCAGCAAGAGUCACUGAGGCAAACUGGGAGACCAUUCAAGGUGGCGUAAUAGGAAGUGGCUGUGGGCAACUGGCACCCUAUGCCCAUGGAGACUCACUCUAUUUUAAUGGCUGUCAGAUAAGGCAAGCUGCUACCAAACCUCUGGAUCUCACUCGAGCAAGCAAAAUUAUGUUUGUUCUACAAAUUGGGAGCACAUCCCAGACAGACAGCUGCAACAGUGACCUGAGUGGUCCCCAUGCCGUGGACAAGGCAGUGCUGCUGCAGUAUAGCGUCAACAACGGCAUCACCUGGCAUGUCAUCGCUCAGCACCAGCCAAAGGACUUCACACAAGCUCAGAGGGUGUCUUACAACGUUCCCCUGGAGGCACGGAUGAAAGGAGUCCUACUGCGCUGGUGGCAACCACGCCACAAUGGAACAGGUCAUGAUCAGUGGGCUUUGGACCAUGUGGAGGUCGUCCUAGUAAGCACUCGCAAACAAAAUUACAUGAUGAAUUUUUCACGGCAACAUGGGCUCAGGCACUUCUACAACAGAAGACGAAGGUCACUUAGGCGACACCCAUGAAGAAUCAAAAAGAUUAUUUUUCCUUCCAACAUGUGACGUGUUGCUUUCCAUUCCUUUAAACCUCUCACCACAUCUGAUAUCAGGAAAUAUCUGUGAAGGACUUGGUGGUUAACAGAAAGCCCUUCUCCAGACCGAGUGUAUACCACUUUCCCACACUGUGAACUAAUGACAAGUGACUUAUUUGCUCAUAAGUAAAUGUCUCCAUGUUGAUGUGUCCGUGAAAAUUGUGAUCUGUUGUAAUAUCAGUUACAGUGGCAGUAUUGAAAAUAAGAAAUAGUUUAACUGAAAAAAAAAGUUUAAGCACAAAAAUUUAAGAGAUUUUAUGUUUAAAAUGGCAUUUAGCACAGUAUUUAACAUUCUUGGUCACAAAGCUAUUUAAGUGGACUGUAUUUCAGCUUUGUAUCAUGUUUUAUAUGAUUAAAUUAUCAUCGUUUGUCCUUUAUGUAUUCUCUUCUACAGUAUAACACAUUGAAACUGUAUUUACGUGUUAUGUUGCAAUAUUUUGCUGCUGAAUUUUGAUCUACUUAUAUUCUGCAGAAAGUUAAUUGAAAUACCUAUUCAAGAUAAUAGUUGUAAAGAUAUUGUAUCUCCUUUAAUAUACUCCUUAAAAUGUACGUUGAUCUAGCAUUGUUUUGUGGAUGAGAAAAAUGCUUGACCUUGAAAUAUUUUCUACUUAAAAAUUGUGUAUGAAGACCCUGUCUCCCACAAAGGAAUUCCCAUUUCCUUGUCUACAGAUUUCUUUUUUAAAAAGUGUUCUGUGCCUGAUUUACUAACAGUAACUGCCAUUUUGUGUCUGUAGUAACAAAGUGAUUUGUAAAACAGUGGAUGUUUUUUCAUUGUGUUCUCUUCGUGGGUUGUUUUUCCUGCGGGUCAUAUUCACAUCUUCUUUGGAUGAAGUGCAACCAACACCAGCAAGAUUAUAAUGGCCCCUGUAUCCCUGACCUCUCUAUUAGAAUAACUGAAGGCUGCACUCCAGGGUGAGCCGUGCUAAAAGCCCAUGCUUAAAUAAAAAUUAUGUCCAAAAGCCAUU